AUGGACAUUCGAAAGUUGAAAGAGGGUGAGGUGAUGCGCUUUAAGAAGCAACUUUUGGGGAGUAAAUGGAAGAAAAAUCAUCUCAUUCUUUUCUCGGAUUCUCGUUUAUGCUGGUACGAUGAAAAGGGAGAUCGAAAACCGGCUGGGAGUGUCCUGUUGAAAGAUGUGGUCCCGUACAUUUGUGUUGGUUUGAUGACCGAUCGAAUGCCAACCAGGCGUCCCUCUUUACCCGACGGUCACUCCGUACAUCAUUUGGUCGGAAUCGGGCUUGAUCCGCGCGCCGAAAAUGUGCAUUGGUUGCUUUUUGCGAGUGAUGCCGAUUUGGAAGGCUGGUUCACGGAGAUCAUGAAAACCCUUCCGAAGCCGAAUCCCCCGCCACAAGCCGCGCAAGGCCCACCACCACCUGGACAAUCACAACAAAAUGGAGCUUAUGCGCCACCGGGAAAGUACCCAGACGCUCCGCCACAGGCUCCUAACACGUAUCCUUCGAAUCCUCCAAUCGCUGCCGGUGGAUAUCAACCACAGAGUAAGAACAUCUUU